UCUCGUGAAAUCUGGAGGUGGCGCAGCGGAAAAAACGGAAUAGUUUUUAAAAAUCGCAAGACAGGUGGACGUGUGUUGUUAUUGCUGCGCGCGUGGAAUCGAAUUUUAAUAGAAAUAUUAACUAAACUUUGUGCACUUAGGACCCAAAAUAAAAUAUAAACCGGAACUUGGACUUUUUUUACUUUAAUAUUUUCGAUAGAGCGCGCGCGGUGGUAUUUCCCACUGUCAAAAACCGAAAUCACAGUCUAAAAAAAUAAAUUAAAGACGUUGCCAACGUUACGCACGCGUACAACUACAAUUUACACACAAAAAUAAAGCAAAAAGUGUUUUGAUAUGCACAAAAUGAUAAUCUGAGUGAAAGUGCGACCAUAUUGAUUUAAAUAAAUGACAAAUAGCUGAAUUUAGGCAAUAUUUUGUGCAACUACCUGUUCUGCAACAAAUACAUAUACAGAGCAACAACAACAGCAAAGUCUAACUGUUGCGCUCCGCCGGCUCUCUCCGUCUCCCUCUCUCCCUAUACUCGCGUGUGUGUGUUUGCACUUUUCAAUUGUGUUGUGGCUUUUCGCCAAGUGCAAAUAGUUCGUUUUCUUUUUGUUUUUAACCAAAUUCAUGUCCCGCUAACUGUUGAAGUCAGCCGUCUGCUCCAAUUGGAUACGCAAAUAUAUUUUAACAGUUGCUGUAGUUUUCCCCCAAAAUGGCGCCUAUGCCCCGAAUUCAGUUACCCAAUGGAAAUGCGUCGAUAAAGGGCACUACAAAUAAUUUUCUCUAUGCGGAGACGAUGUCCGGCGAUAGUAGUCCCACCCCUAGCAGUCCGCCCUCCAGCACAGCGGGCGUAGCCAAAUCCCAGUGUUCCUCGCUUUCUGAUGGCGAAUCCUUUGAGGGCUAUGGCGAAAAUGAGUAUCCCAGCCAACUUCGUGAAGGUCGCAGUUCCAAUUCCAAUGGAAGCAACAACAACAGCAACCUAAUUAACAAUAAUAAUGACAAUCUGAGCGUAGGGAACGUGAGCUCUCAGCAUAACCACAGUGAACACUCGAACGACGGCAAUAACAAUUUAAAUGGAAGCAAUGGCAUCGAACUCGAUUUGGCCCCUCAUGUCGGCUCAUCAACACCCCAAGAUGAUGACGAGCUGAACAUUAUGCCCCGGGACAAUUGGGCCAGGCGCAGUCUGAGACGAACUCCCACCAGCAAUCCUGAUAGUUUAUCCCAGCGUCGUUGGGGAUCCAUGAGACACUCCGGGCGCAGACAGAUUAGUUCAAAUGCCUUAGCCAGCCAACUCUACAGAUCAUCGAGCUUUAACUCAUCGGGCCGUAGCUCCAACUGUGAUACAACAGAAGACAUGUACAGCGACAUUAGCUUGGAGAAUCGUCAUGACUACGAUUAUAGGGUAAGCACAAUAGCCAAAUACAAACUACCUCAAGCACUCUUAUCUUACCGAUUCCACUUGCUGGAACUGCUGCAGCGCAAGGUGGACGAUCUAUCGGAUACGCAGAAUAUAGCUGAAGAUCGGACAACCCGUACCAAGACCGAAUAUGCGGUGCUCCAGGCGCGAUAUCACAUGCUCGAAGAGCAGUACCGAGAGUCGGAGCUGCGUGCAGAGGAGCGAUUGGCCGAGGAGCAGAAGCGGCACCGCGAGAUCCUGGCCCGCGUGGAGCGCGAAGCCUCGCUGCAGAACGAGAACUGCCAGAUGAAGAUCCGGGCCACCGAGAUCGAGGCGUCGACGCUGCGGGAGGAGGCUGCUCGACUGCGUGUCCUGUGCGACAAGCAGGCCAACGACCUGCACCGCACCGAGGAGCAGUUGGAGCUGGCCCGCGACCAGAUCGGCGUCCUGCAACAGGAGCACGAAGAGCAGGCGCAGGCGCUGCGCCGCCACGAGCAGGAGAAGAAGACCGCCGAGGACCUGAUGAUGGACCUAGGCCGCGAACUGCAGCGCGCCCGCGAGGAGAGUGGCGCCCGGGCGAUGCCAACCACGUCGCCGGAGAGCAUAAGACUGGAGGAGCUGCACCAGGAGCUCGAGGAGAUGCGCCAGAAGAAUCGAUCACUCGAAGAGCAGAACGAGGAACUGCAGGCCACGAUGCUGACUAACCAGGCCACCAUGCUGACGAAUGGCGUGGAACAGGGUCGCCAUCUGCUGAACGGAACCCUUAACAGUCUGGCCCAGGAGCUGGAGGAGAUGUCACAAGCCCAGGAUUCUGUGGAUUCAGCCACAUUAGCAUCCUUAAGUCAGCUGCAACAGGCCUUCCAGGAAAAAGAGGACGAAAAUGUCCGGCUUAAGCACUACAUUGAUACCAUCCUACUCAACAUCGUAGAGAACUAUCCUCAGUUGCUGGAGGUCAAGCCCAUGGAGCGGAAGUAAAGCAGCCAACUGGAAAAACAAACCAACAAAUCCCUAGGCAUUCUGGAGAGCGCCACAACCACCUAACAUUAACUAAAAUGAAUAAACUAACUAACCAUACUUUAUGUUAACUUUUUAAGCUACACUCUAUACAUGUAUUUAUGCGUAACUUAAGUCAUAAUUUAUUUUAUAACAAUUUAAUGUAGUUUUUUAAACAAAAACAACACAGAAAGAGAACACAAAGAUUGCAUGUCAAAAUGAUGAAAAAAGUCCUUAAUUCGAUUAGAUAAUGUUUUGUAUAAAGAGAGUUUAAAAUUGUGUAAAUGUUUAUUUUUCGUUGUUUCUAGUUUGAGUUUUGUAUAGUGCGUGUUGUUGAUCCCUAAAGAUAUUACUUAUAAAUAUUGUUAGAUCUUAAUACUAAACUCGUUUAAUCUAUAAUGAAAUGGAGCCCAAUUUAUUGAUCCAAUGAAAAAAUGAGUAUUGCAAAUGUGUAUAGCAUUAAAUGAGGAACUUUUAUGGAGUGUUAAUGUUUCAAUUUCCAAUUUUGUUAAGGCAGCUAAGAAGGUUUUUGCUAGCACAAAUUUCACAUUUUACACUUUCCAUUUAUUUUGUAUUCAAAUAUUAUUUUACAAUUUCUCUACUCUUUCUAUUUUAAAUUUGUACUCUCAGAAAUAUCUUUCUUAGUUUGCCUCUGAAGUAGUUACAAGAAUCUAUAAAAAAUUUGCGUUUAUGGUAUGGACAAUCCCAGGAUACGAAGGCAAAGUUUUAGUUUGAAGUGGAUCUAAAUGAAAGCAAUUAUCACUAGUAAGAGUUAUUCAAUUGAUAACUUAUAUCGUAACCCUCAAACAUAUGUCAAUGUAUAGCACAGUUAAAACUAAACUUACUCUGCAUAUAUAACCCAACAUUAAAUGGACGUAAUGUGCAAACAUUUAGGGAUGGCACAUGAAAAGGUCUCACCCAGGAACUCCAAGCGAAAGCGAUCCCUAAUAGCCUAAGCAACAGAACAACUCAAGCGGUCAACCCUAAUUUAGGUAUGAUAAUAUCCAAGCAACAGAAGAAUCGAGAUGAAAUCUUUAAUCAAAAUUUGAUUGCCUUAAACGGAAGUUUUUAAAGUGUUUUAAGGCCUAGAUAACUCUAACAAAAAAGUCCGUAACGUUUAAUGACAUACUAAAUAAUAUGGAGUUUUAAAUGUAAUUUACAAGAUGCAAGUCGCAGAACUUAUAUCAAAAUAAAAAGAGGAAUAUUUUAUAAACAAA